CAACAGGAAAGUUUCAGAUGCUCUUUUUCAGGCCACUGUUAGUCUUUUUUUUUUAAACCACUACAAUAGAAGCUGGUGUGGAUGAUAAAGGAGAGCGUGAGAAGGGUUUCCUACAGGAAAAUCUAUAUCUGAGCUCAGACAUUGUAUGCAGCCUGUUGAGCCCUCCAGACAGAGGCACCGCCCUCCUGGAAGAAACCACUCCCAUCACAAUGUAGUUACAUGACUAGAAAUACCAGCAGCUAAAGCAGCAGCUUUUAACCACUACAAUAGAAGCAGGUGUGGCUGAUAGAGGAGAGCGUGAAGAGGGGUUCCUACAGGAAAAUCUAUAUCUGAGCUCAGGUCCAUGAUGGUGUGCGUGCUGGUUCGUGUGCUUUCAGCUGUCCUCCUGAUUAACUCAGUCUCCUCCUCAGCAGGGACGGAUUCAGCGCUUUCAUGCCAGCCGCGGUGGUUCCUGUUUGGGCAGAGGUGUUUGGCUUUCUACCCAGUGUGGAGCUCCUGGAGCGAUGCCAAGUUUGUGUGCUCUCAGUCUGGAGGUGACCUUGUAUCCAUUCACACACCUGAGGAUCAGCAGUUUGUCGCCCAGGUUGCAAACACAGCUGCUCCUGUGUGGUUGGGCGGGUACCAGGAGCAACAGAAUGGCCCUUGGUUUUGGACUGAUGGUACACCCUUCAGAAUCAGCAGCUGGAUCACUCAGAGGCAGAAAACUGCAGGAGGGGGUUGGGCUUGUAUGGAAAUGAUACCAACAGGUGGAGAGCUGCACAGUACCCCAUGUGAGGAGCUCAAGUUCUACAUCUGCUCCAUGAGAGCCAGCUCUACUAUCACUAACAGCACCAAGAAGGAACCUGAACCAGGUAUUGUCCCCGGUGUGGAUUUGUUUGAUGUUGUUUGGAGCAAAAGCGAUUUAUUGGCGGAGGAGAUUCUCCACUCGUCGUCCUUCAUUAAAGAGCUGCAGUCUGGUCACAUGAAGCAGGGCUGCUACUCCAGCUUCAUGCAGCAGGAGGCGCUGUAUUUGAACAGAGUCAGCAGUACUCUGGAGGUCCUCAUUCGUAAUCUGCAAGAUGCUGACGACAUUAGAUCAUUGCUGCUGGACACACUCAAACUCUACAGCAGCAGAAACCAGAGCGGCCUGGCUUCUCCUCCCCCACAGUGGCUCCAUCAUCCCCUCCACUCAUUCCACUCCGUGGUUUUGGAGGAGCCAGUUUAUUGGUUAGUGGCUCUGUCAGCCCGGGCCUGUCUACGCAAUUUCCUGACUCAAGAACUGCUUCACGAGCCCCUCAUGUCUGGGUCCAUGACUGACAGCUUCUACCAGGAGUGGAGCAAAGACAGCCUGAAGGAGGUCACCUGGAUAAACAGGUACAAAAAGGUGAUAAAAGAGAAUCAGGACCAGAUGGAUGUAUUUAAGGCCAUCAACAUCUUCAGAGAGCACAUGAUGGCCCAGAAGCCUCUCUACAAGGCCGUGGUCUGUGAGGCUGAAGAUGGCAAAUGAUGGAGGAGGAAAAAAAGGCGUGAUUUUCUCAUUGGGAUUCGGUCUGUUUAUGGACAAGAACACGUUAGUUUCCUGCUGACACACGUCUCAGCUGAGGUGAAGGAAACAACUUCAAAUCUCUUUGCCCAACGUUGACGUUAAAGCACAUUUUUAAUAUGAAUACUGUGUUGUGUGUGUGUCCUUGUUUUAUUUUGUCAGUUCCUUCAGAGUUCAAUUUUGUGUCCCCUUGCCUCAUUAGUGUCAUGAGCUCUUCGCUCUGUGUGUGUUCUUUAUGUUCUGUAUACUCCUCCUUAGUCUGAGUUCCUGGUGUUUUCAGACCCUGGCCUGCUCUGUUUGUUAUUCAGCGUGUUACCAGCAAUAAAGCUGAGAGUUUUGAGUGACACAAUAUCCCAAAUUUUUAAAACAUAUUCUGGAUCCACUCCAAAACUUAAUGGGUUUGUUCUCCUCCUUUAUACCAGACCUCCUUCAUUUCAUAUACAGUGAUCCCUCACCUAUCGUGGGGGUUACUUUCCACAGACUCCUGCGAUAGGUGAAAUUCCGCCAAGUAGCGGUGUUAUAUUUUUUUUAUUAUUUAUAUAUGUUUUAAUUCUUUAUAAUUUUAUAUAUAUAUAUAUUCUUACUACAACUCAAAUGAUGAACGUGAUGAAUUAUGUAGCUGCAGUUCUGAUGGUGACGAAGGUGUUGACGAUGAGGUGAAUGUACAGUACUGCACAGUGAAGUCGCAGCAGGUGAGCUGCGAUGUAGCGAGGGACGCUGCAGUUUGAUUGGGUUGUUUUUGCUAGCAGCCAAACUAAAAACAGGUGAUUGGUGCAGCGCAGUCAUUCACCAAAGUCAGACUUGAAGUGGAACCUAAACCUUGCUGUUAAAAUGACCUGUGCCUUAACAUGCUCAUGCACUCCAGGAAAGGCACAACAUCCCACAGAACACUAUUGACACUCUGAUGAUGUCUAUGCACCACAGGUACGUGACGCCCAUGGUGGGCACACUCGAUAGUGAGCAGUGUGAACUCGGCUGACAACACUGUGUUUGCUUUGUGAUAACACAUGGACUGUUGGGUAAAGAUCUGAAACGCUGGUUGCUGUUGAAGACUGAAAUGGUACUGAGUGUAUACACAAAUUUCUGUCCUUAUAUAUUGUUACAAAUGCAAAUACAAAUAGAGAAACUGUUUCGUGUGCCUGUAUUUUUGUUGAGUGUGUAUAUGAUCCUGAUGGAAGCAAUUUCAGAACUGAGACAUUUAAUGAAGGCACUGUUCAAUGUUUAAUGCUGAUAUCUUAGCAGCUACUCCUCUACUCAAGCAUUGGGUUCAUGCUACCUAAACAACUUUCUUUUUAUAUUUUAUUUAUUUAUAGGUUUGGUUUUUCUUAAAGGGGUUUAAACACAGCCCUGCUUUAACAGACACCCCAACUAAAACUUGCACAUGGCACUGAAAUGUUGGCAUUUUAA